UUAGGUUCUCGCGUCAAUCACGUUGUUAGUUCAAGAUGGCGGCCGGAACGCACUACAAGUUGCCCGGAUUUGUGGCUUUCUGGCUGUCUUUAUCUACUGUGAUUGUCGUGAUUGAUGGUCUAGUGGUUAUCUUAAGACCUCGCACUUUACCAGGAGGAGACCUCAACUAUCUGGUCAAGCCCUAUAACCUGUAUUUUCCUGUGGACAAGCGCUAUGCAGAUAUGGAAGAUACAUUUGGGGUUGGACAAUCAUGGAUGAAUCUAGUUGAAGCAUUCCUAAAUAUCAUAGCUCUAUCACUGCAUCUUCGGUCAAGCACCUUUAGCGCCAUCAUGGCACUGAUUGUCUGUACCAUGACAUGGGCCAAGACAAUACUUUACUUCCUGGUAUCCACUGAGCUCUGUGGUGGGGCUCAUUACAUUGCUCACAACCCUUGGAAGGAUCUCAUUCUGUUCUAUUACUUGCCAAAUGGAAUCUGGAUUGUUGUCCCUUUAAUCUGCAUGCUGAUUCUAGCACAAGAAAUAAAUGCAGUCAUGUGUGUUUAUUACCAAGCCAAUGGAAAGAAAAAAAUAUGAUAGAGUCUAAUUGAUGGUCAUCAGUUUAUACAAUAAGUCCAUAAGAGCCAUUAUAGGGGCUAUUGGCAGGUAUGAAAUAUAUUUUUUUAGCUUUUUUUUAUUUUCUAUACUAUUACCCAGCAAUUCAGUAGACAAUUAGAAUGUUUUUAAAUUCAACUCGUAUUCAUAUUUUUGUAAAAAGGAAAAUACAAAAAAACACUAAACCAAUACAACAAGGUAUGUGAUGAUGGAAUCUUUAUUAUGUACUUUUUGUGCAAUGAAGUUGUCUUUUGUGUAGCCAUCACUAGUGUGUAAUGCAGCCAUUAAUGGUCAUCUGGAAAUCAAUAACACAAUUUGCAUGCUUCAACUUUAUUGUUAUUUCUCUAAAAUCAUUAUAUUAGAAAAACUUUGCACUCUCCAUGAUUUUGUACAUCUCUUCAAUUGUCAUAAAGUAAAUGUCCCAUUUGUCAUAAUAAAUAAUGAGUUAUAGUGUGUGAAAA